CUCCCGGCCGAGGGGCGGGGCCGCGCCGCUGGAGAGCCGCCCUCGCCGCCCGGCCCUCGGUGUCGCGCAGUGCGGACAUAAACACGGCGCGGCGUGACCUCUGGCGGGACGGGGCGGGGAGCGGGCCGGCUGAGCGAGUUAAAGGUAGGAUCCAGAAAUGAGGAAGGUUUUGCUCGUGGAGCCGGUCAUUUUCGUCUACGUAUUCGCAAGUUCCCUGACGAGCCCGGUGGUUCAGCAGUUCAUUUACCGAAAGCUGUGGGAAGAGGAGUACAACUCCACCGCCAUCAGCAGCGACAACAGCAGUCACUGUGUGCAAAACAAGAGCAGCCCAACUUAUGUCAUGCAGAAGGGAGUUCAAGAAAAGACUUCUAUUUUUAACAUGCAGUUGGACUUAACAGGGGCAGUUCCCAGCCUGAUAGUUGCUUUUAUCAUUGUAGCUAAUGGGGAUCACCAGGGACGAAAAAAGUCUUUGGUUUUACCAUCAACUGGAGCUUUGAUUGCAGAUAUUUUCCUCACUAUAAUAUCGUACUUCUCCUUGCCAAUCUCUGUCCUGUUUUUUGUUACAUUUAUUUCGGGACUGUUUGGGAGUAUGGCAACUUUCCUUGGAGGAGGCUUUGCUUAUAUAGCAGAUCAGUGUCAUGAUGAGAAACAGAAAACAAAACGAAUAGCUGUGGUUGAUUUAAUUUUUGGAGUUGUAUCUGGAUUGGCAGGACUGUCUUCUGGGUACUUUUUAAGAGAAAUGGGCUUUACAUGGACAUUUGUGACAGCAUCUCUACUUCAUGUUGUUAACAUUAUCUAUAUUAUUUUUUUUCUGGAAGACACAGUGCACAUAUCUGAAUUGCAGCAACAGGCACCAUUAUCUUAUAAAGAAUAUCUAAAAGAAACAUUUUCUGGAGUGUACAUGCUUUUUAAAACUGCCCCUUCUAAAAAGAGAAUUUUAAUCAUUGUGUUACUCUUUAUAUUUAUGACUUAUUUAUUUACUAUGUAUGGAGGGGGUUCCCUUUUUACAUUGUAUGAACUGGACGAGCCACUGUGCUGGACUGAAGUGUACAUUGGAUACGGAGCAGCUGCAUUCACUUCUGUCUCUCUGACCAGUUUUUUGGGAGUUUACUUCUUUUCCAAAUGUCUCAAAGACAUUUACAUUGUAUUUAUCGGGAUAUUUUCUUACAUUGGAGGAAUUGUCAUGGCUGCCUUUGCCAAAACAACCCUGCUCAUGUUUUUAGUAAGAUUGCCAUCUUUAUUCUGCAUUAUGCCUGUUCCUGUUCUCCGGUCCAUGCUGUCAAAAGUGGUUCUCCCCAGUGAGCAGGGUGCUGUGUUUGCUUGUAUUGCCUGUUUAGAAAUUUUGACUGGCACUAUUUCACUUGCAGUCUUUAAUGUUAUCUAUGCAGCUACAGUUGCAUGGUUUUCAGGCUUUAGCUUCCUCUUGUCAGCCAUCCUGUGUCUAAUUCCACUGGGCGUACUGUGCUGGCUUCUGUGCACAAGCUGGAAUGAGGAGGACUUGGCUCUGCUUGUACCUGAAGAAGUAUCCAGCAUAGACAGCGUUGAUAGUUGAACAGAGGAGUCACCAACUGUUUGGCUUUUCUAAUCUGACGUGCUGUGGCAAAGGCUAUUGUGUCAUACUGACACCAUAGAGAUAACUCAUGAGUUGCAGAUGAAAUCUAAAACUGGCUGCACUAAGCACUCAAUUGAUAGCACUUUACAUCCAGUCUUUUUUUAGGACUUGAAUGAACCUAUCUCCUGUACUUAACUAUGCAGAUAGGCCAGCAAUGGAGAUUUUAAUGCUGCUUUCAGCGUGGAGAAAAAAAGUAAGGUAGGCUGAUUGUGUUUUGCCACUUACCCCAUCUCAAAUUUGAAAAUAUAAGCUGUAGAUUAUGAUACAUCUUGUGUCAGUCUAAGUGGGGGUACAGAGAUAAGCUUAUCAGCCCCUUAGCCAGAGGAUGUUGGCAAUUCUGCUGUAGCCAGUGGAGCUCGUGCCAGCUGUGCAUGCAAUCCACUGCAUACAUCUUAAAAGCUCCAUCUUAACUGUGAAGCCCACAGAACUGUCUAAAAUUGCUAAACAAAAAGGUACCUCUUUCAGAAAGCAACUGAACGGAAAGCAAGACUUGUACCUGCUGUAAGACUUUCCUCUCUGCAGUUACCAGAGAAUGUUUGUGCAAGUUGAAUGUAUGGUGUUUGGAGCUUGCCUGUGAUUUAGUUCUUAAAAUGGAUUCUCACACUUAGGAAAUUUCCAGACUGUAAGAGUGUGAAGUUAGGCUUGUGCCUACAUUUUGCAGAGGCCAUACUGCACAUUUAUUUUUAAAUUAUAAAUCUUUCAUCAUUUUUUUCACAUAUUGGAGGCUACCUAAAGACAACUCUAUGUUUUGUCCCAUGGAUAUUUCUUGUUUUCCAGUUAAGCUGGCAGCACUGAGCUCGCUUUGUAUUUCUAAUGAAAGGCUGUAACAGCUUUUUUUUUCAGUGGAUCUUCAGAUACCUUUUUUAUUAAUUCUGAAAUGAGGUCACCAGAUCUGAACUGUGCACCUAAGCAUCUUAAAAUGAAUGCAGUGUAAUUUAUUUGCACUUGAAUAACAUUUCUAAUCUUCAGAGCACUUUACAAAUGCUGCUGGGAACUUCCCUCUACAAUAUAUUAUCCUCCCUGUUUCAGAGGAACAGAAAUCAACAGACAGGAGAAGUGACUUGCUCUGGGUCACAUUGCAAAUCAUGAAGAGCUCUAAACCUAGAGAUCAGUUUUUGUGUUGAUUCUUCAGCUUUUUCCUUGAGACCUAUAGGCAGAAACUAGCCACAGUAUUAGCUUUUGGAAUGCAUAGCAUAGCAAAAGUGGGAAUAAAAAAAAGUGGGAAUGAACACCCUGUUAAAGAUCACUCCUAUGUGUUAUUUUAGAAGAGAGUUCUAUAGCCAAAAUUGUCCUGAUCCCUGAAAGGAGAGACAGGUUGUAUGUGACUGUCUUCCCCAAGAAAGAGUAGUCAGCAAAAUCGAAAUGUAUCGGGAGACAGAUCGUUAUUACCAAGAGUACUUCUGCAGAGCUCCUCAGUGGCACAUAAUAGUGCAUCAGGGCAAUGCUAUCAUGGAUCCUUUUUGUUUGAAAGGCAGUGUUGUUCAUGAUACGUCACACAACCAAAAAAUGGUUAGAGUUGGAAUGGAGAUUACAGCCCACCCAGCCCCAGCCCCUGCCAUGUGCAGGGAUACUUCCCAGCAGCUCAGGCCACCCAGGGCUGCACCCAGCCUGACCUUGAGUGCUUGCAGGGAUGGGGCGCCCACAGCUCUCAGGGCAGCCUGAGCCUCACCACUCUGUGAGAAAAGAUCACUGCUAUCUGUUAUUGGGGGAAAUGAUGCAGGAGGACAUGGAGCUCUUGGGGCGGGUCCAGAGGAGGGCACUGAGAUGAUCAGAGGGCUGGAGCACCUCUGCUGUGAGGAAAGGUUGAGGGAACUGGGCUUGUUUAGCUUGGAGAAGAGAAGGCUCCGGGGAGACCUCAUCAUGGCUGUCCAGUACUGGAAGGGAGAGUAUAAACAAGAGGGGGAACGGCUGUUUAUGAGGGUGGAUAGUGAUAGGACAGGGGGGAACGGUUUUAAACUGAGACAGGGGAGGUUUAGGUUAGAUAUUAGGAGGAAGUUUUUCACAGAGGGUGGUGACGCACUGGAACAGGUUGCCCAAGGAGGUUGUGGAUGCCCCAUCCCUGGAUGCAUUCAAGGCCAGGCUGGAUGUGGCUCUGGGCAGCCUGGUCUGCUGGUUGGAGAGCUUGCAUAUAGCAGGGGGUUGAAACCAGAUGAUCUUUGAGGUCCUUUUCAAUCCAGGCUAUUCUGUGAUUCUAUAAAGACAGUUACUUUUCUCCAGGAGAGAAAAUGCUAACUAGUAUGGAUGAGUAUUUUGCUUCUGUCCUCGUUAACCAAAACUUAUGUUGGCAAUUAAAGAUCAUUAGCUUUUCCUAGUUUAUGCACUAGCCAGUAAAUAAAACUGUGUAACUCUUCAUCCCUGAGGUGCCCAAGUUGCUGCCAACUUGUGUAAGAAGCAAGAUGCGUUUUACAGUAAUCACUGGGUCCAAAACUUAACAGGUACUUGUAGAGACAUUAAGGAUACACUGAUGUAAAGAGUUUCAGCACAAAGACUGCACUGUCUUCCUUUUGUCUUCAUUAAGCAGUUUUCUAAGUGUUUGUGAAAUUAACUAUUGCACAGUGCCUGGAAGUGGGAAAAAAAAAACAGGGGUAUGCCUUCACUUCUUCAAUGAAGGCAGCAAGGCAGUUCUGUGGCUGCACUCUGCUGGGAAUAAGAAGGUGCACGUGCACUUUGGGAAUGGCUUUGGUAAGGUUCGAUGUUGCUGUACCAAGUAUUUGCUGUUUACAGAAUAUUUCAGCUAGACACAGUGUAUGGGAUUGCUAAGUUUCAGCCAAAACACAUAAGGGCAUGAUUUGUGUUUUUAAAGUGCCUAGCAUUGAAAAUGUUGAGGAAACCAGGUACUAAUGUGCUUUAUUUUCAAGUAUGUAGCAGUUGAUUUAUUUGUAUUUAAAUACAGAUUAUUUUAACAGAAAUCAAUAGUGAAAUUUGGUCUAAA